AAAAGCAUGUCAACAUGUCUCUAAAGGCUCGUCUAAACAAACAAGACAAACAAGUUCAAAACAGGAGCAAAACGACUCAUUGUAAAAGCUGAAUGUGAGGAUUCAUGUCAACACAUUAAAGGUGGUGUCUUCUUUGCUCCUCGCAGGGAGGACAUGAUCCGGGUCCUUCUGCUCGUCCUGACCUCUGUCUGUGGACGGUUCGCCAUGGAAACAGCUCCAGUCUUCUACCAGAUGGAGGAAAACGACCACAUCACUGUCUCCUGGGACAGUCACACCAACACUGACCUGUCGCUAACCAGCCUCAUUUGUCUUUCCCGGUUGGACGGCAUUAAGGUCUUAUACCAGAUGGUCCGAGGUCUGGAGGACCCAAAGUCGGUUCACAAGCAGUUCUCCAGACGGGUCCUGUUGGACAGAAACGCUCUGAAGGAAGGACGACUCCGCCUCCACCUGUUCCUACUCACAGCUGAAGACUCAGGGGAUUACUGGUGUGACCUCAUCGCUCAUUACAACAGGAAGACGAGGAAAUGGGGGAUCCAGGCCACCGUACAUUUUAUUCUGAACGUGACCCAGAACAUUUGUGAAAAGAUAAAAUCAAGUGAAGACAUGAGUCUUGAACCAGGCGCUACGUGGCAGCUGCCAGAACCACAGCAGACGCUCAUUUGGGUCGUGAUUUUACUACUGACAGCUGUAACUGGAGCAGUUGUGCUCAGGAGACAACGUGGCUCCAGAAGAGAAGUUCUCUACAAAUGGAGGAGAGAGGCGCCGGUGUAACAAGUCUCAUCAACGGAGCUGCUCCAGAUGUUGGAGGGACUUUGUCUGAGUCACUGAUCUGGGAUCUGAAAUCAAACAAGGACGUCGUAACAGUAAGAGAUUUAGAGACAUAAAAGUGUGAUGUGGUCAGAGGACUCAGGCAGUUAACUAGUGUUUCAUUAAGUGGAUGUUUUCAGUUUUCCUCCAUGCAGACAGUUACAGCAGUUGUACAUGUUCAUCAUGUGCUGUGAUGUAUUUCUAUCACAGGGUGGCGCCACCGAGCGUUGUUAGGUUAAACCAAUGAGUCUUUACAGCCAUGAAGCUCAUUUCACUCCUGAAUUUCACCGCAAUUUGAAUGUAAAAGUAGGUGCUCCAGACGCAGACUGGGACAGAUGUUUACAGGUUUAUCUUAAGUUGGCAGUUUGGGAAAUGUUACACAUUAUUUUUAUCUGAUGUUUAUUUGUUGUGAUUUAUUAAUGUUACAAUUGGCUUUGGUUUGUUCGACCUUGUUUUUGGCUCCAGUUUAAGGUCCAGACUUAAUAAAUGUUCUUUAACUGCUUCCUAAACACA